CCUGCUCCUCAAGGGGACUGUUCCCAGCUGUGGCCCUUUCUCCUCCAUUCGCUGCGAUGAAGCUUGCCAUCCUGGUCCUCCGGCUGGUUGUCGGCAUUCUGGCGUUUCCCAUGUAUCUGCUGAACCUUUUAGGCAUGUGGAACCGAAUAUGCAAGAAGUGCUUUCCCUACAUGAUGUCGCAGUUCUCGAUGAUAUACAACCAGCAGAUGGCGAGCAAAAAGAAAGAGCUUUUCAGCAACCUGCAGGAGUUCGCGGGCCCCUCGGGGAAGCUGUCGCUGCUGGAGGUGGGCUGCGGCACGGGGGCCAACUUUAAGUUCUAUCCUCCCGGGUGCAGGGUGACCUGUGUCGACCCUAAUCCCAACUUUGAGAAGUUCUUGUUCAAGAGCGUCUCAGAGAACCAGCAGCUGCAGUUCGAGCGCUUCGUGGUGGCGGCCGGGGAGAACAUGAGCCAGGUGGCUGAUGGCUCCAUGGACGUGGUGGUCAGCACCCUCGUGCUGUGCUCGGUGAAGAACCAGGAGAAGAUUCUGCAGGAGGUGUGCCGAGUGCUGAGGCCU